AUGAUAUUCCCUUGUAACUGUAUACAAUACACAUACGCACAGUCCAUGCAAUCUGGAUUAUAUAUUAUUCAAGAGGUCCUUCUUGUCAGCACGGGUUGCAUAUUCACCACGAUUGAUCUCAACAGAGUUGCUAAUCUUGUCGAUGUCGAUGUCGAUGUCGUUUGCUUAGGUUCGGAGCAUACAGCAUACGGCAAGACUUCCGCGACGUCGUUCUCCCAGCUUCGUCAGUCACGACUUUCCCACCGGGUCAGCUCAGCUCGCAGCAGCUUCAACAGCGACUCUGACAGCAACCAAGUGUCAGACAACCCUGCUGGUGUUUCAUUCGUCACAGCGGACGCCCAACCGCCGCUGGGGGCCAUUCUAGCGGCCCUCCCAGCCAAGCCUCUUGCUCUUCCUCCUCCAACGGACCAGCAUCACCAUAUCUGCCAGAACAUCGUGGCGGGUUCAUCGCGACAGCCACUACCUGACGAACCCUUCGGGGACUCCUACUACUACAACUCCUUCUUCGACUUGGCCCAUUUCUAUGCGCUCCAAGGGGAGCUCGCGGACCAGCGCCAGGAUCUGAUCCAGGGCCUGGACGACGAGGUGCCUUCUGCUGCCUGGAAUGCCAGCAGCACUACUACCGUCGCUUCGGCCAAUGUACAGACGCAAUCCUCCGCGCCUACAACGACGACGACGCUGCCACCGUCUCAACGCCCUCGAGCCGCUCCCACCCCGCGCACAGUCAAGGUAGAAGCCAGCGCGCAGUCAACUUGUCCUGUCGGUCAGCAAGCGCAUCGCGAAUACACGGCCAGUACAUCAAUGGCGCAAAUGUCCACCAGCUCGCAAUCCGCGUCGCCUGCCCAUACCAAUACCAAUACCAAUAACAACUCCGACACAGGGCCGCAAGAGCAGGGAAGCGAUUCGCGCGCAGAGAACAAGAAGCCAUCUGAUAGCGCGGGACAGAACAGCACGACGUCUAUCCUUUCUAUGGGAGGGGUUCUGAUGCGACAAGGCGCAGGUUCCUCUACCGACGGGAUCCCUGGAUCCAGCAAGAAUCGUCCGCAAGCUACGACUACUCUCCCUCCGGAAAAGGUCUUCCCUAUCCAGAUCGGCUCGGAACUGUUCCGACUGUCGGGCGCGUCGAUCUCCUCUGAUGCACCGUCAUAUUUCUCCCAGUUUUUCGAAGAGCAGCUUCGUCAGACCGAGAAUGGCGGCACCGUGAGGACGUUGUACAUCGACCGGGAUCCGGUCACCUUUCGGGAGAUCUGCAGACAUCUGCAAGGCUACCAUGUACGGCCUAAGGACGGGGCGCAAUUUGUGAAAUUGUUCGCAGACGCUCAAUUCUACAGCUUACCAAGACUCAUAUCGCAGCUCUUUGAAUCCGAGAUCUUCAUCCAGAUCGGAGACCGGCAUUUCCAGAUCUCUCGGGACAUCUUCUCCGGGCCCGGCGACUCGCCCAAUUUCUUCUCCCUGGGCUUUGCGAUCUUUUUUGCGUCCCCCACCGAGGUUUUCCCGGGCCUGGAUCGCAAGGGCCUUUUGCGGCCGCCAUCGAUAGUCCCUCCCAGCGUACCUCACCGGUCCGGGGAGGUCUUUGCGCAGCUGCUGCACCUUCUCCGGGGGUAUCCGCUGCAUAUCAAGAACGAGGAGCAUCGGGCGGAGCUGCUCCGCGACUGUCGGUACUUCCACCUCCGGGGUCUGGAGCAGAAGUUGAUCCCGCAUCACAUCAGUUACAACCCGGAACGGGACCGGUCCGAGAUUGUCAUCCGGUUAGAAGACAUCCGCCAGUCGGGGAUUCAGUUCGUCAGCGAUGUCCCGCCAUCAUCGUCGUCACCGUCAGACAACAGCUCGUCGUCGUCGCCGCCAGCUCCCAAGGCGCCCGGAUGGGUGCAUUACUCCCGGCCCUUCGUCGACGAAGACGCCUACGAGCUGAUCGUCGAGAUCGGGGGCCAGAGCACGGUGCUCGAUCUGGAGACGAUGCGGGCCGACUUCCGCGGUCUGGCCAAGGCGCGCGUAGCCAGCCUGGUGCAGGUGGUGACCAACAAGCUGAAUCUGCCGACCAACGCGCCCCUGGGGUUGAUGAUGAUGGCCGGCGGGCCGAGCAAGCAGGCGGCGAGUCCGGGCCACACGCCGCUGAGCGAGGACCGGCCGAAGAUCUGCAUCGACGCCGACGCCGACGUCACGGUGGACGGGGAGCCGUACAUUAUAGACACGUCGACGGGAUUUCGAUUCGGGGGCGGCAAUAAUAUUUCUCCCGACGCAGUGCACCGCCCGCCCGCGAAGCGAAAACGCGGAGCAGACGAGUCGGACGAGGAAGCAGAAGCAUCAUCAUCCGAAGCGAAACAUAAGACGCACCGCAAAUGGAUCGUCGACAGAGGCCAAUGGCGACUACGAGUACAACCAACGACAGAGCCAGAGUCAAGCCGUCCACUAGAGAUAAUCUUCUAUGCCGUCAAGCUGGACGUGUACACGGGGCAGAGGAUGCGGAAUCGAAAACGGGCGUUUUUGGGUUGA